GAUUGGAAGAUCUUGGGCAAUGCUCUUCGCAUCAGUUGGUUACCAAGUGACAGUAUACGAUAUUAUUCCCAAACAAGUUUCCGAUGCGCUUGAAGACAUUAAACUUCAGCUGAAAACAUUGGAAAAAGAUGGUCUACUCCGUGGUGUUCUCAACGCAGACGAACAAUUUAGUUGCAUUAAAGGAUCUACUGAUCUAGCAACAGCAGUAAAAGAUGCAAUUUUUGUGCAAGAAUGCGUACCAGAGAGUCUUGAAUUAAAGAAAAAGGUAUUUCAAGAUUUAGACAAAGUUGUGAAUGAUGAAACUAUUUUGUCUAGCUCAACGAGUACAACACUGCCAUCUCUAUUCUCAGACGGAUUAAAACACAAGUCACAAGUCAUUGUAUCGCAUCCAGUAAACCCUCCAUACUACGUGCCUUUAGUUGAAAUAGUACCAGCACCGUGGACGAAGCCAGAAGUAGCUAAGAAGACCAGAGAAAUAAUGAUAGAGAUUCAACAAGAACCAGUUUCACUCUCAAGAGAAAUUGAUGGAUUUGUACUGAAUCGAAUUCAAUAUGCGAUUCUUAACGAAGUUUGGCGCUUAGUUGACGACAAAGUUGUAGACGUUCAAGAUAUCGAUAAAGUUAUAUCAGAAGGACUUGGAAUGCGUUAUGCUUUCCUGGGCUCUUUGGAAACUGCGCAUUUGAACGCUGAAGGAAUGAAAAGUUACAUUGAAAGAUACGGAGAAACUAUAUACAAAGUAAGCAACACUUUCGGUGAAAUACCCCGUAUGACCACUUCAAAGAGCGCAGAAACGAUUUGCGAGCAACUGAACGCGAUGGUGCCUUUAGAUCGAUUGCAAGAACGUCGCGCGUGGCGGGACGCCUGUCUCACGCGACUGGCGCUCCUCAAGAAGGAAAUGAAUACCGUAUAUAAGAAAAAUUAAAAUUUUUAGAAACAACCGAGCUUAAAUUAAAAAAAAAUAUAUUAAAAUAUUUACCUAUGCUGUUUUCAAUGAUUAA